AUGCAAACCCUCAUCUAUCGAACUGAACAGUCGAAUCUUCCGCUCGGCCACCGCCGAGGAAUAUCGAAUCUGGCGAACUUCGCUCUAGACCUGUCCUGGGCCAGAGCAGAGACGGAUUGUGCUCUUCGCAGCACAAGGGCGUAUCCCUCUCCGCCCAUGUCAGGGUCUCCACCACCACUCCCGCCCAAGCCAAACCCGGAGGUCGGUGAUCGAGGUCAGGGAGGCUACCAGCCCACUAGUCAUGAUGCGUACCGUCCAAGCUCAACGGUUCCGGGAGGCGAGUAUCGAGCAGCAGCACCCCCACAACCAUCCUUACUACCCCCCACAACCAGUACUACCAGGCCAUUUCCCUCAGAGGGUCCGGAAAGAAUGCCAUAUUCAUACCACCGCCCGGAGGAAUCGAUGGGGAGGCCCAUCCCCUACCAGCAGCAAGGUCCGAUGGUUCCCCAGCCUCAGUAUCCGCUUCCACCUGUAGUUGGACCUAGCCUAGGACCAUCACCUUACUCAAUGUCCAGCAAUCAACAAGUCGCCGAAAACCCGCCUUUUACCUCUCCCAAGUCUCAAAGGAAAACGAAGGGUCACGUAGCUUCGGCUUGCGUGCCUUGCAAAAGAGCGCAUCUUAGAUGUGAUGCCCAGAGACCCUGUUCAAGGUGUUUGAGUAACGGCAAAGAAGAUUCAUGCGUCGAUGUCCAGCAUAAAAAGCGCGGCCGACCUCGAUUACGCGAUGACAAUCAGCCUCGAUUUGAAACUGGGAGGUUCCCUCAUCCAGCCGAUCCGACAAUGCGAAGACCAGUCUCGCUUUACUCGCCGAUUAGCGCCGUUUCCACCUCGUACGAAGACCCCCUUCGAAGAAGUCAUUCCUAUAGAGUGCUAAAAUCGCAACCAAGCGACCCGGUGGCUCCUAGAUUCCUCGAACGCGGAUCCGCUACAGAUGCGAACAUCUUUCCCGCUCCCUUAUCCAUACCCUCCCGCGCACCCGAAUUAGUCGCAUUUCUUACAACAGAUUUAGAAAUCGUAAGUGCCUCGGGUACUUUUGCCGAGGCGGUGGGUUCUCGAGCGCUCCACGGCCAGCGGUUGUUAGAUGCCAUAAGUCCAAACGAGCGCGAUAGAGUCAUGGCACUCCAGAGAUCGUUGCAAGAUGAGCAGGGCCGAAAGGAACCGAAUUAUCUUCCGCCAAUUUUCGAGAAGCAAGAGGCAGAAAGAGUCAUACGAUCAUUGUCGUUUAGUCGGGAAUCAAUAGGGAGAUUCCAGUUGGACCGACAGGACUUCUUUACCUUUGUCGGCGCGGAUGGACAGUUUCGACCAUACCCGAUACGCGUCGGACUAGCAAAGGAGGAUUCGAUAUACUUCGUUGUGUUGCUUUUAGCCCCGGCUGCCCAGCAAUUCCCCCAUCCCUCACCUUCUCCUCACGCUAGAGAAUUUUCAUAUUCAUUCCAACCUCAACCGUAUGCUCAAUUGACGACACCAGUUUCGACUUCGUUCAACCCCGGACGGCCGCGGUUUGGAGAACCACCUCGUGAGUCUAUCUAUACACCGCGCCAAGCACCCACACCUAUUACUUCGGGUCUUGCUCCUGGCAUGAAUCCGAAUAUUCCAACUUUUUCUGCUCCUGGCCCCCCACGAAUUGAACCACCCGCCGGUCCUUCGCGCCAUAUUCCGAGAAGCGAGUUGUCCAUGGCCAGGCCUCCACAGCAAGUAGAAUAUCAAUUACCACCUAUUCGUGGUCAGAGUCAGUCCGGUCCCCCAGGAGAAGCGUCCGGUUGGCAGAGGGACGACCGAUCCGGUCGCGUUGAUAUCGGUGGAUUAAUAGAAAAGCCUGACCCGUCUCGACGAGGGCGGUAG